AUGAGUUUCUUCGGCGUCAGCGCCUUGCUUCUCGCCCAUGUGGUGCCGUUGCACGGCCUGCAGCUUCCAUCUGCAGUGCGGGACCCCAUCCACCAGCAGCAUCAGCACGGGAACGAGCAUGGCCGUGAGUGGGAGGCGGCCCUCAACACAUCCCAUCACGUCCACGACCUGUCGGGCCAGAUUGCGGAUCUCAGGAGCGAAAUCGAGGCCAUCGGUCGGCUCCGCGCGCAGGAGGAAUCGUCCUACGAGCACCUGAUGAGCAACCUCCGGACGCAGCAACGAGCUUUGGAGAGGAUGAAUGAGACCCAUCAGCAGCAGAGGGCCAACCAGGCCGAGAACUGUGACGACGAGCGGCUCGAUCUCUGCCACACACUGGGGCUGUAUCUGGCCGACAGCACCCACGGCGACGACAGGCUGAUGGAGCUGACUCGCACCUGUGUCAAGUUUGUGUCCCUGGGGCGGCGGGUGGAUGCGGAGAGAUCUGCCUCUGCAGCUGCUGCUGCGGCUGUUGCUGCUGCGAGGGAUGGUCCUGUAGCUAAUGGGAUGGAGGAAACGAAGAGGCAGCUGGAGAGGCUGAAAGAGGAGAAAGGGAGGGAGCUGCAGAGAUACAUCGAUGAGAAGCAGCAGCAGGUGAGCUGAGAUGACUGACACAUGAGGAGAUGGCAUGGAUGGAUGGAUGUGUGUGGGUGUGUGUUGAUGACUUAAGGUGUCUGCAAUGGAGGGCGGGAUCCGCCGGCUGCAAAGGCAGGUCUGGAACAACACUGACCAGCUCGCCGCAGAUAAGGCCAAGUGCACCCACGACGUGCAGCAACAAUUCUGCCAACACUAUCUCGCUGCGAAAGGGUGAAACACGCACACACGAAGGUCUAGAGAAGAGCUAAAGAGCUCUCUCUCUCUCUCUCUCUCUGUCUGUGUGUGGUAGGGGUGGGUUAGAGGGGCUGCAGAGGCUCUUUGAUGAGCAGUGCAGUGUGCACCAAGACACUGACUGAUACACAUACACACAACACACCGUUAC